UAACCGAUCCGGGCGUGAGGUACGUACUUUAAUCCGUGCUUGACAUUGAGAGUUACAAGGGGCCCUUGCACCCCAGGCUGCCAAGCCAGCGGGCCGGCUUUCAACUGCUAGCAACCUCGGCUUCUACUUCGCACGCCGGCUCCAUCGCUUGGAUUCAUCAACCGGCUCCGGUUGUCGACAGACAACUCCCGGCAACAAUGCCCCUCAAGCUCGAGGAGAAAAGACAAGUGCUGUCAGCCUCCAGACAGAUCAACACCCCGAUGCGAUGAGCGACUCGGACCCCAAACCCACCGCCGCUAAAGGCGCCGCUCCCACUUCGAUUCCCAAUUCGACUCGUAAUCCUAACCCGACUCCUCCCAAUCCCAAUCCGAAUCCCAAUCCCAUUUCCACUCCCGCUCCGACUCCCACGGCAACCCCCUCCCCACCAAUAGCCAGCAGCAGCAACAACGGCAACAACAGCACAAGAAGCACAAACAUUGAUACCAAUAAUAACACCAACAAUGCCUUCUUCCAAGCCCAACAGCGCAUCGCCGCCCGCCGCGAGGCCCGCGAGGCCGCCGCCGCCGCUCGCCAGGCGACCCAGCAGUCCGCCUCCCGGCUGCGCGCGCGCAUCGCCGCCUCCCAGUCGCCGCUCCUCCGCCGCCUCGGCACCUCUACUCUCUCCCUUUGGGACACAUUGACCAGCCGCGAGGGCACCCGCCCCGCCUUCCGCGUCGGCCAGGUCGACGCCGAGCUGCUGGACGAGGAGCUGGUCGAGCUGCUGCGGGGUCAGGUGCGGGAAGCGCUGCGGUACGUCGGCGGCGGCGGCGGAGGUGGAGGCGGCGGAGGUGGAGGCGGGGUCGGCUCGGGGGUCGCGCAGGACUGGGAGGCCGAGAUCUCGCUCGCGCUGCGCGCGGUGCUGUUCAAGCUGACCGUGUGGGACCACGACGCGACCUACGGGGCGGCGUUGCAGAAUCUCAAGUACACGGACGCGCGCCGGGACGGCCCGGCCCUGGCGCCGCCCAGCCGCUGGCAGAAGGCCCUGUACGGCCUGGUGACGGUCGGCGGGAGGUACCUGUGGGCCAAGUGGGAGGACUGGCUGCUCGAGCAGGACGACGGCUUCGAGGGCCCGAGCCCGAGGGUGAAGCGGCUGGCCCGGUGGACCUCGGCCCUGUCCACCCUGCACGCCUCCGCCGCCCUCGUCUCCUUCCUCGUCUUCCUGCUGCACGGGAGGUACAGGACCCUCCUCGAUCGGCUGCUGCGCAUGCGCCUGGCCCCGCCCACCAGCCAGGUCAGCCGCGAGGUCUCGUUCGAGUACCUCAACCGGCAGCUCGUCUGGCACGCCUUCACCGAGUUCCUGCUCUUCGUGCUGCCCCUGGUGGGCAUCAACCGCUGGAGGCGGUGGCUGGCGCGCACCUGGCGCAGGACCAAGAAGAUCAUGACGGCCGACGCCGACGGCGGCGCCGGCGACAAGAAGGGCGAGUACUCGUUCCUGCCCGAGCGCACGUGCGCCAUCUGCUACCGGGACCAGAACUCGGCGUCGAGCGAGACCGAGCUCCUGGCCGCCGCGUCGGGCGGCGUCGUCGGGUCGGCCCAGACCGAUAUCACGAACCCGUACGAGGCCAUCCCGUGCGGGUGCACCUACUGCUUCGUCUGCCUGGCCACGAGGAUCGAGCGGGAGGAAGGCGAAGGCUGGCCCUGCCUGCGGUGCGGCGAGCUGAUCAAGGAGUGCAAACCCUGGAACGGAGACGUGCUGGAGGAGCCCCAAGUCAAGUCGUCGCCCGCAACCACCAAGACGGUGGUGUUUGCCGACGACGUGAAGGCGCCGUCGGACCACGAAGAAGAAGAAAACGAAGAAGAAGAGGAGCAGCAAGGAGAACUCGGUGAGAACGAGGGGGAAUCUUCGCAAGUCCUGGUCGAGGCGGAUCCCGACGGGGGCCUGAACGAUCUCCGCCCGGAGACACCGAGUGUGUCGUCCGAUCAAGCCGACGACUCCCGGGGUUCCGAGUCGGAAGACUACGAGGCAGAAGAGGAUGGCCUAGACGAGGAUCCGGAGAGUUAGCAGCAACAGAGGGCUGCUCGGUUGCUCGAGAACUAUGAAGCGGGCGUUCCAGUGACUCCAAAUGGAUACGUAAUGUACGACAAUGAGACAACCUUCUUAUUGAUUGUGAUCCGUGAUUCCAACUCCGCGCAGCAAUUCGACAAAUCGAUGAGCAGGACCUACUACCUCCAACUUCUUCUUCUUCCCUCCCGUCUCCUGG